AUGGAUCUGUACACCCAAGUGCAACCAGACCAGGAGACACCCUUCCUGGCCGGAGAAUGGGAGACGCUGCUGUCGCACGCCGUCGAGCUGUAUCAGCGACUCGAGAACCUCUUCGCCGAACUGCCUGUGAGCUGGCGUUUCAAGACGGUCAGCGACCCUUUGGCGAACCCACGCCUCGUGUUCCCGGGGAAAUACCACAUCUACUAUAACACCUGGAUAGCCCAGGUGUGGGACGGAAUGCGGGCGUGCCGCAUCAUCUUGAACCAUGUCAUCUACUGUCUACUGCUACGCGAGGGACUUACAUGGGCACCGCACGAGUUCUCAGACGGCGGCGCCUACACGAGCCUGUUACAGAGAGUAUCGCACACGACGACGGAGAUGCGGGACGACAUCCUCGCGCCGGUGCCUCACAUGCUUGGCUUCAUUCAGCAUGAGGCCACAACUAGCACCUCAUACAUAGACUGUAGCAGCAGCGCCGGCACGCCGUCCUUGGUCCCUGCCUCGGGCGCGUACUUUGUCGUCUGGCCCUUGUACCUUGCCGGAAUCCGCCUGAUGAACACGCCAGAGACACGCGAAUGGAUCGUGGACCGCCUACGUGCCAUCCGCUCCACGACGGGCAUCCAGAUAGCAGCCUAUCUGGCUGAGAUGAAAGAGAAGGAUGCUGCCCAUCUCAAUGCGAUGCUGCUGACGAGCGAGUUUCUGCUUCCCCACUUAGGCCUCGUCAAACCCCCCCCAUCCCCUCCCUCUUUAAGACCCCAACACGGCUUUGGCAACAUCUGGGUAAUCAUGUCGGAUCCUCUUGGCCUUAUUUCUAGCAAUCGCUUCCACCGCCGUGUCAAUCUCGAUACAAUAUGCGGUCCGCUGACCGUCUCGUUCGCCGAAAUGGGCUGUGUCACUGGGCCCGCGCUGCUGUUCAUACCGGGGAUGUUUGCAUCGCGUUAUAUGGGCAUCCCUCUGCACGCUAUUGCAGAGCGCGCUGGCGUGCGUUUACUCGUUGUCGACCGGCCAGGUAUGGGUGCAUCGACCGAUGUUCCACUCAACAAGCGAAUCGCCGCUUGGGUUGAUUUGCUACCGCGUCUGCUAGCGCAUCUUGGUAUUGCUCGCGUCAACCUUGUCGCCCACAGCGCCGGGACGGUUUAUUUGCUUAAUACCUGGGCGCAGUGCCAUGAGCUUGUAGGCCCAGAGAUUACUUUAUUAGCCCCUUGGGUUAAUCCCGCCUACUCGCGCGUUACCGCGAUGCAAAUAGCACAGUAUGUGCCAACGAAAGCAUUCAGUGCCUGGCACCAUAUCCCGCGCUUCUUUGUGACUCAGGCCGCUCCUAUACUCGCGUCAAGCAAAGCUUUGUUUCGUCAGAUAUCAUCACAAGUAAGCGAGGCGGUAGAAGAGAACCGCUCAUCCCUCGAUGCUAAUUACCAGAGCGCUGAGCGCGAUGACAGCGUGUUACGCGCGGAACAAGCGGAGCUCUUUCGCCUCGCCGCUUCCUUCAUGUACGAUGAGACCACCGUCGGUGCUAAUAGUGAGGCUCUUUUGUGUCUUCGAAAGAGCGAUGGCAGUGACUGGGGUGUCUGUUCGGACUAUGCUCAAUGUGCGCAGAUGCUGGCUGCCCGCGAGCAAUCCACAGAUGGCCGAGUCAGUCUCCGAACGUACUUUGCUUACAAGGAUGCCCUGGUGGGCAGUCGGGGGGCAAGAUAUUUUGAAGAGUGUUGGAAGGCACCAGGUGUAGAGGCUAUUGAUUUCAUCUCCACGACGGUCGAUGGAACAGAUCAUGAUACUUUGCUGCAGUCAAUGGACGUGUGGAAGGCGAUAUUCGCUUCGAUGUGUAGGCCUCAAUAG